AUGCCUCCAAAGAUUCCUGAAUGCUGGGGCCACCGAGGGGCUUCAGUCGCCUUCCCAGAGAACACCCUCGCUAGCUUCGAGCGUGCUAUCAGAGACGGCGCGGACGGUAUCGAGACCGACGUACACAUCUCGCAGGACGAUGUCGUGAUCAUGUUCCACGACCCCACGCUUCAGCGGACUACGAACGGCUUCGGAAUGAUUAAAGAACACAAGUGGUACGGCCCGAACGGGAUGCAACAACUCCGCACGAAGAAGGAGCCCAAGCAGCCCAUCCCCACCUUCGACGAGACGAUCGCGCUGUUCAUGCGGCCGGAGAACCGGCACGCGAAGCUGCACAUCGACAUCAAGCCGUCAAACUCGCUCGGGAAGAUCUUCGCGCUGAUGGCGCGCACGAUCCGCGCGUACGACGCCUGGGAGACCGCGCUCGCGCCGCGGAUCCUCCUCGGCGUGUGGCACACGAACUACGUGCGCCCCGCGAUGGACGUCCUCCCCCGCUGCGGGCUCGCGCACAUCGGGUUCAACGUGUCCAUCGCGCGCACGUGGUUCUGGGACAGCUGCGAGGUGAUCAGCUUGCACUUUACGCAGUGGACGACGAGGGAUGGGCAGAGGCUCCUCAAAGAGUGUAAAGCGGCGGGGAAGACGACGAUGGUGUGGACCGUGAACAACCCGCUCGAGAUGGCCGAGGCCAUCCGAUGGGGCAUAGACGUGAUCAUGACGGACGUCCCCCACAUCCUGCACGCGCUCCGCCGCGACCUCGAAGCGGACUGGAACAAGACGCUCGCGCGCUACCCGCGCACGUUCCUCUGGAAACACCACCGCUACUACUGGCCCGUCACGCUCUUCUGGGCGACGUUCGUCCGCGUGCUCCUCCAGGCGGCCUACGGACGACUCGGGAAGGUCGCCCCGGCCGCGCGCCGGGCGUUGGAUGUGGUCGACGAGAUCGGCGCGCCGCCGCCGGACAUCUCGAAGACGGGGAAUGGGUACACCGUGACGGAGAAUGGUGGUGUGGUGAACGGGGACGCUGCGCCGAAGGCCGUCGCGGACGCGGAUGGUGACUACCCGAAUCGCGAUGUUCCCCAGUGA